AUGGCCCCUUCCGCAGUUUCACCGCCGCCAUCUACAACUGGCACAUUGCUUGUCAAGCCCUGGUCACGCCCCCAGGAGACUAAAGAGGAUCUAGACUGGGCUCCUCUUACUACCAUUGAUCUUUCGCGGUUCGACGAGCCGGGAGGCAAGCAAGAUCUCGCGAAACAACUUUAUGAUGCUAUCACGCGAGUGGGAUUCUGGGUUGUUACCGGCACUGGUAUCGAUGAUGAACGUAUCCUACGGCAGUUCAGUAUCGGAAACACCUUUUUCAAGGAACCACUUGAUGAGAAAAGAAGGUUCCCUUGCAACUUCGCAGAAGGCGAGUAUUUCGGAUACAGGGAGAACGAGAGAUGGAUUGGUGACACGGGCGUCAAAGAGAAUAUUGAGAUGCUGAACAUCCACAAAGACAUUCCAGCCUGGGGACAGGUCGGUCGUCACCGUGUUGUGGAGGAAAACUGGGACGAGAUCCGCAACUUCCAUCGUGAGGUCUGGGAAGUUGCCCGGAAGCUCUUCGUUCUGAUCGCAAUCAUCCUGGAACUACCAGACAAUUACCUUGCAGAUGCACAUGCUUAUAAUCAAGUCUCGGAUGAUCAUUUGCGGUACAUGAUCUACAACGUUCGGACAGACGAAGAGUGGGACAAGGCGCAAGCAUACUCAAAGGGAGGACACACGGACUUUGGCAGUUUGACUCUUCUUUUCUCUCAGCAUGUUGCAGGGUUGCAAAUCCGGACUCCUGAGGGGGAUUGGAAAUAUGUGAAGCCCGUCGAAGGGGGCAUUACCUGUAACGCUGCGGACACCCUGACGUUCCUCACGAAUGAACUCACUCCGCUCUCGGCGCUGUAUUUGGGUAAGCUGGUUGUUGAGGCCGGAUUUCCUCCUGGUGUUGUCAAUAUCGUACCAGGUCUUGGAAACGAAGCCGGAGCUGCGUUAUCCAAUCAUCCAGACGUUGCGAAAGUAUCUUUCACUGGUAGCACUGCCGUCGGAAAGAGCAUCUUGCAUGCAUCUGCAGAUAGCAAUUUGAAGAAGGUCACUUUGGAGCUGGGUGGCAAGUCACCAAGUAUUGUUUUUGGAAGCGGCAACUUGGAUGAGGUGGUCGAGUGGGUGAAUGGCGGCAUAUUUUACAACAUGGGACGAAACUGCUGUGCGAGUAGCCGCGUCUUUGUUCAUGAGAGCGUCUACGAGGCUUUCAUCGCCAAGUUUGUUGAAAGGGCAAGAAAGAACCAAUUUGGAGAUCCCUUCGACGACGAAACCUUUCUGGGCCCCCAGAUCAGCGGCAGCCAGCACUCUAAGAUCAUGGGCAUGAUCGAAAAGGCGAAGACUCAAGGUGCCGUUUGCGCAACGGGGGGACGUAGCCCUUCUGGCUGGUUCAUUGAGCCUACAAUCUUCCGCGACGUCAAGGUGGACAUGGAGAUUGCGAGAGAAGAGGUCUUUGGGCCAGUCGUGGCCGUUGCAUCCUUUAGUGACGAGGAGGAAGCUUUGGCAAUGGCGCAUGAUACCUGCUAUGGGCUCGCCGCGGCAGUCUUCACGUCUGACAUCAAGCAGGGAAUCAAAAUGGCGAAAGAGCUUGAGGCGGGAACAGUUUGGGUGAACUGUUACAACAAGAUUUCCUAUGCUCUUCCGUUCGGUGGGUACAGACAAAGUGGCAACGGGAAGGACUUGGGAGAAGACGCCAUCUACGGCUUUACGCAGUUGAAGACUGUAGGAAUCAUGUUGUAA